GAAAGAUGGCCCGGUAUCACCGCCCUGCAAUGGCAAUGGCGGGGACAUCACCCAAAGAUUAGGAAGGGCCGUGCGCAGCACCAAUGCAUCGCGAUGGCUCCUGGAUUUUACCGUGGCCUUCGCCCUUUGUCGAGAGGUCCUACAGACCUAUUGGUGUCCUACAUCCCGAGUCGACGGCGCUCGAGGGAAGGCUUUCGAGCUCCAAUCAAACCACAACAUCAUACCCGCAGGCCACUGGAAUCUCCAAUGAGACGAGUACCAUGCCGCAGCCGGAGGUCUCCGUGCCGGCAGCUUCUGCCGCGUUGCAGGUCACUCAUGGCGCCGCUCUGCCGGAGAUGGCAAGCUCAAUGGAAGAGAGGCGCCGCUUAGUGCGGCAACGCGGCGGCAACACCGCACUCGUCACAUUGGCGAGGCGCUACUAUUGUUUGCGUUUGGUCAGUGUGCCCUUCGCACAGUGGCACUUCAGGGUGGUGUCCAAGCGUCCAAAGCGACGCAAUGAGGAGACACAGAGGUUGUGCUUAGCCCUCCGGAGCUGGCGUCGCAUCUUGCGACGGCCACGGCUCGGGCGAAGCUUGGUGAAGGUGGUCUUGGGACGGCUGCGUCAUGCCUUUCUGCAGUUGCAACAACCUGCUCUGCAACGUCGCCUCCAGCUGGCAAAAGCCAUGAUGUUGAAAAUUCUUCAUCAUCGAACUGAGCUUCGCAUGGCCGCUGUCUGGUGGCAGCAGGUUCAUCUUCGUUCAGCUUUCCUCGGUUGGUUAGAGGCAAUGGGAUCGAGGAGAUUUGGGCACUUACCAGCGCCUCCGGACGUAGCGUCCGUCUCUUCCGUCGAUCUGGCGUCGCCCUUCGUCCUCCGGGGCGGCUCGGGUGGUGGCGAGGAGUCCUCUCUGGUGAGAUCGCAUCAGAUUCGGAGGCGUUCGGGGCGCUCCUCCCGGGAGGCUCAGCAGGAGGUAAACGAGGGCCCCCUGAAUUUCCUGCUGCGGGUGCAGCAGGAAGGAUUCCGCAGAUGGUGGCGUGCGACUUGCAUGGACAUCAGUGCAAAGGAACUGUUGCUCCAACGCCAGCGUGCAGCGAUACUGGUCUUGCUACGUCAACGAACGCAGCAUGCCAUGGCAAUUGCUCACUCUCUUUGGUCCUUGCUGGAGAAGGCCUUCAGAGGCUUCAGUUGUGGAGUUUCGGAGGACUCAGACGCGGAGCCGCGGCCGUGCCGGGCUUCCCGGGCUUCCCGGCACGCCCGGCACGUCGCCGGACGAAAGAACGUGGAGAGGGGCCUGCGUGGCACCUCGGUGGGCGAGGUCCUACGCAAGGGCUGGCGGCGCUGGCGCUAUGCGGUAGCUGUAGGGCACCAGGUAGUUGCAGCGAUGCUGCACCGUCCAAACGUUAGCCUGGUGCUCGGAGAGAUUGCCUCGGAAAUUGCAGGACUCCGUCAGGUGGCCACUGGUGCGCGCCGGAAGCCGAAAAAAAGGGCGGCUUUGCCGCCGCCGCCGGAGGCCAAAAACACCGCGUCUCCGAGAGCGAUUAAAGCAGAGGUGGCCGAACCCACGCACCUGAUUUUCUUGCAGAAGGCAUUGGCCGGGUUCGCCUCUCGCAGUGCAGGUCGUCUCGAAGACAUGUCGCCCAUCUCCUUGUGGCCAGAGACGAGUGUGGCGACGAACGUGGAUCUUCGACAGGUGCUUAGCCCGAAGCAGAGUUUUCGCAACGACGAAAGGUGGCCCUCCUUCGCCACCGAGCUCUGGUCCCCGCCCGCCGGCGGCGAGACCGGCGAGACCGGCUACCCGCCGCAGCGCUGGGAGGAGAGGGCGGAGAGCUGGCGGCGGAUGCUGCGGGAGACCACCUCCCGCCACCACCAGCGAUUUCGCCAAGCUCCGCGCGCGUGCGUCCAGAGGAGGCUGAGGCGUCGUAUGAGGGCCUGCGGCGUCGUGCACUUGCUCGCCUACCUUUCAUCGUGAAACUGACCUGAGAUCGGUUGCUCAAAAUGCCCUGAGUGGCUCAGAGAUGACAAAGAUUCAUCCCAGAAGUCUUACCUGUAAGCUGACAUAAGCUGACCAUGGUGGUUGGAAGGAGACAGCCUGGACGACAAGUUGGAUUCUGUAGCUCCGGUUUUUGUUUUUUGUAGCAGAUGUCCUG